AUGCAAGGCAAAAUCUUCCUACCUACUAGCUCACCAUGUGAUCACCUGCCCUUUGAAACCACACCUCUAAACCCUAGCUCACCGCCGAAUUAUGGUGUUUUACUUGCCUUUAAGGAAGCCAUUGCUGAGCUGGACACUUCGGGUGAGGAGUCUUACAUAGAUAGCACUCUCAUCAUGCAACUGCUGAGGGACAAUCUCACCCUCUCUACUUCUGACAUGCAGGCUGAAGCUCUCACCAACUAG